AUGUAUAGAGAAAAUGCUUCUUGGCAUCUUAUUAUCAUCGAAAAUUUAUUACAGGUUCUUGACAAUGGUCUACUGGUUGACCCCCAUGAUCAACAAGCAAUUUCGGAUGCCUUUUUGAAGCUUGUUUCAGAUAAGCAACUAACGGUGAGGAAGAUUGUGAAUUUGGAUGAUCACAUUGCAUUGGCCUGUGCUGGGCUCAAAGCUGAUGCUCGUGCCUUGAUAAACAAGAAGUAUACACAAAGUGGUGGUGUUAGACCGUUUGGGUUUUCAACUUUGAUUAUUGGCUUUGACCCAUACACAGCCUGGAAAGCAAAUGCCACUGGAAGAAACUCUAACUCAUUACGUGAGUUUCUUGAGAAAAACUACAAGGAGAUAGCUGGGCAAGAAACCAUCAAGCUCGCCAUUCGUGCUUUGCUUGAGGGGAAUCAACAACGAAGAGAAAAUACAUCUGAGGCAAAAACUGGUAUCCCAUUUAAGAGAAGAAAACUAUCAGUUGUUGGUUUAAUGGCAUUGGUUUGCCACUAUUGUUUUGAUAAAGCCUUUGACAAGUUCUAUGACAUGUACAAUGCAACUUGGAAAGGUUAUGGGUUGUAG